UGAUUUUGUUUAUGACUUUCAAGAUGAGACAUAGUGACUAAAAACUAUAAAAAUAUAUUGAGGUGUUCGAAUAUAACGAAAUAAUAUUAAUUCUUCUAAAUCGCAAAAAUGAGUAAACUAUUUCGUUUUGGAAUUAUGCCUCGUUUGUUGAAACGUAGCAUGUGCACACCUGCUCCGUCUUCGAGCGCUCCUCCUCCGCCAGGAUCGACAUCAAUGUCUUCAAGAUACCGACCAUCUGAAUUUCAGAAAAUUAUUCUAGUUUGGACGAAGAAAUUUAAGAGCAAAGAAGAAAUACCGACAUUCGUUUCGGCAGAUUUGAUUGAAAGGUCUCGUAGUGAAGCCAGGAUUAAAAUUGCGAAUAUCCUAAUGGUUCUGACUGCUCUUGCUAGUUUCGGAGCUAUCUUGAAUGGGAAAGCAGCUGCCAAACGUGGCGAGUCUGUGCAUCAAAUGAAUCUGGACUGGCACAAACAAUAUGAUCAAGAAUAUGAAAAGAAACAAGAAGUUAAUAAGUAGCAGAUGUAGGUAUUUGUCUCAGUGUACCAUAAAUAAUAUGUGUAGAUGUAAGCUAUGUAUAUAAAAUUAUUAUUUAGCCAAGAGUAUAAACAGUUUUAAAAAUAA